GGGUGGGGCUGGAGCUGAAAGAGAAGAGGUUGUCACGGUGCGGGAAGCCCUUCAAAGUCAUGGUGGCAGCGGUGGUGUCCUUCUUCAUCUCGUGGCUGCCCUACCACCUCUACUAUGGCUUGCUGCCCUUCAAAAGGGUGCCAGAGAUGGACGUCAUCCUGGUCCUUUACAUCGUCACCUUCUGCUUCAAUGCCUGCUUCACCCCCAUCCUCUACCUCUUUGUGGGGCAGAGGUUUCAGCAGGUGCUCAAGAGGUCCCUGCUGGCUCUGAUUCGGGAGAUUUUUGCUGAAGAUCCCAGCAGCAACGAUGCUCUGUCCCAUGAGAAUGGCAGGAUGGCAGCCAGCAAAUCAGGGCUGCAGGACCAAGUGACAGGGCCUCUGGAUUCAAGGGCAGGGAGUUUAGACCCUACGACUCUAGAGGAGCUGACAUAGAGCUGAACGGCUUCUAGCUCCCCCAGCCUCUGAAACAGGCUCUAGAGACAUGGCGUGUUGUACAAUUUCAUGGGUUCUGGAUUUCCCCAGGCUUUCACAAGAACCCAAAUGGCCGGGUCUAGAACACCAUAGAUUCUGGUUCAUUCCCUUCCUGCCCCGGAUGUGAUUUCAUAUGUUCUGAAUUCUCAAUGUGCUCUACAGCCUUGUGGGUUCUAGAUAUCUCUCCCUUUAGCCUCUCGAUGGAGCCCUAGAUUGUGCUCGUUUCCUGAUUUGUCCUAUAAGUUCAUGAGUUCACUACCUAUUUUAGAUCAUCUAAAACCCACAAUUUCUCUGUAUGUUCUAGUUUGCUUGAGUAGUUGAUCAGGUUCUAGGUCACUCAUGCUUUAAGACCCCGAUGUUAUCAAAUGGGUUAUGGAUUCUUGACUGUUUCUUAGAACUGUGCAUGCCCCAGAUCUCACAAUGCUCAGUAACUCAGUGGUUCCUAAUUCAGUCUAGAAGAGCAUGGAUUCUAGCUCACUCACCAUUUAAAAACCUUUGUGUGUUAGGUUAUGUCUAGACUGCAGGUUUCUUGCGCAAGAAGCUUUUUGCAGAAGAGAUCUUCUGCAAAA